AUGAAGCUGAUCAUCGAGGAAACUGGCGAGGCUGUGGCCGAUUUCGCAGCCCAAUACGUCGCCAAAAAGAUCCGCGAGUUUGACGGCAACCCGAACAAGCUCUUCGUCUUGGGACUCCCGACCGGUUCCACACCGCUUGGAAUGUACAAGAAACUCAUCGAGAUCCACCGCCAGGGCAAGGUGUCCUUUAAAUAUGUGAAAACGUUCAAUAUGGAUGAGUAUGUCGGACUUCCUCGUGAUCACCCCGAAAGCUAUCACUCCUUCAUGCACUCAAACUUUUUCCGCCAUAUCGACAUCGAGCCCCAUAAUGUGAAUAUUUUGGAUGGGAAUGCGAAGUGUUUGACGGAGGAAUGCGCGGAAUAUGAGCGGAAAAUAAAGGCGGCUGGUGGUGUGGAUUUGUUUAUUGGAGGUAUCGGACCGGACGGGCACGUCGCUUUCAACGAGCCGGGCUCUUCGUUGGCUUCUAGGACCAGGAUCAAGACCUUGAAUGCUGAUACUAUUCAGGCAAACGCUCGCUUCUUCGAUAACGAUCUCUCAAAGGUCCCAACGCAGGCUUUGACCGUUGGAGUUCAAACUGUAAUGGAUGCUCGUGAGGUCGUGAUCCUCAUCACUGGUGCUCACAAAGCCCUAGCCCUGCACAAAGCUAUCGAAGAGGGCGUCUCCCAUAUGUGGACUGUAUCGGCUUUCCAGAUGCACCCCCUGGCCACCUUCAUCGCUGACGAGGACGCGACUCUCGAGUUAAAAGUGAAAACCGUGAAAUACUUCAAAGGCCUCAUGACUCAUCACAAGAAACUCAUCGAA